AUGAUGACUUUGUUGGGACUGACUGCAAUAAUCAUGUCAAUUUAUCGAAAGUACCGCCUUCGUCACUACUCGAUUCCAGUAAGAGACCCAACUAAAGGGCACAGAUUUUUUAUGGUUGAUAUGUUUACCACUUUAACCUAUUGUAACAUUGAGGAAAAAAGGCUCAAUGAUGGAGCCCAAUGUGAUACAUGUGGAAUAUGUGUGGAUGACAAAAAUAUGAAAGAAGCCAAUAAAAAAAUCCAGUGUAAAGCUGCAUCGACUAAAGAUGCUGUAGUGAGGCAUCACUGGGUCCGGGGAAACCUUCCUGCGUGUAGCAACUGUUUAGUAUGUCAUCAAGAGUGUGGAGUGAAACUUGCAUUGACUGAUCUACGCUGUGCUUGGUGUAAAAAAACAGUUCAUGAUAAUUGUGCAGCUAGAUCUGAAACAUGUGACCUGGGUAGGUUUAGAAAGCUGAUUGUGCCACCAAACUGCAUUGAGGUGAAAUGGGUGGGAGUGAAAGGCACGCGACAGAGACACCUUAUAGUGCAGAAGUUGAAGCACCCGCAGAUAGAAGACUGGAGCCCACUAAUUGUGAUUGCCAAUAGAAAAAGUGGGAGCAACGAUGGAGAACUGAUUCUUAGACAUUUUCGAGAUAUUUUAAAUCCAGCUCAGGUGAGUAUCACUCAGUUAAAGCAAGGGCAGGCAACCUACUGCCUGCCAAUUAAAAAAAAAUGUUUAUGAUGCCCUGUGCACAAUAACGUUUCCCAACCCUUAUAGUGAGAGGAGAUGUUAAACUUUGAACUUAGAGUAAAGGGGGGGGGGGAUAUGGGUCUAGGGUGGAGAGUAUAGGGGAAGAUGGGUCUAGGGUGGAGAGUAUAGGGGAAGAUGUUAAAAUUUUAAGUGGGGAUGAGGAGAGAGUAUUGUCAGAAAGUAAAGGAGUGCAAAGAGAGGGUGGGGAAGAGGUUGUUUGAGAGAGAGGUUGGGGAAUAGAGUAGGAUUGGAAAUUAUCAGUCUUAGAUUUGGAGAGGUUAGUUGAGAGAGGGAGAGAUUUCAAGUCAUCAAAUCUGUCGUCCCACAAAAGCCAAUAGUGCAACUAAAUAAAUUAUGAAAUUAACAUUUCAUUAUUUGUGUCUUUCAUAAGUCAUAGAAAAAAAUUAAAUAAACUAAGUUUUUUAUAUUAAAAAAAUUUAAAAAUUUUGAAUAAAUACUCUUAGAAAAUUUACUGGAUACCGGUAUCCAGUAAAUUUUAUAAGAGUAUUUAUUCAAAAUUUUUAAUUUUUUUUAAUAUAAAUGUACUUCGUUCUCUCAUUUUCAACACAUGAGAAAAAAGGGGAAUUAAUACUACUUUUAAGAAGGAAACAUAAAUCAAAGCCAUUUCCCCUUGCCCCAUGGAAAAUCAAAUGUAUGGGGGGCAUUGACGCUUUACAGAGAUACAAACUGAAAUAAACUGGCAAAUGUUAAACUCUUGUCUGUUGCCUAUACAUGCUUCUCAAUUUUUAGCAAAGAUUAUUUGAUACUUGAUUUGAUAAAAUUAAAUUUUAAUGCAUUAAAAAAAGGAAUUAAAAUGAGUUUGAUUAUGGAGCAGCAUAAAAAAAUGGAGCCUGCUUUGGUUUCCAGCACUUACCCAAAGCCCUAGUUUCUAAUAAAAAGAUUUGCACAUCCGAUGGCCUCAUCAGCAUCAAAAUCUUAGUUAAUCAACACUAAAAAUUUAUUUAUCAAACAACAAAAGAUCAAAUUUAACCUUAAAAUUGCUUCUAAUGUAAUAUGUGUGCAGGUGGCACAAGCAGAACCAAUAUAAGAUAAGAUAAGAUUUUUUUAUUGAUCCAAACAAAUGGAAAUGUUUUUUGAUUGCAUUGUACACUUUCAGCCUAUAAAUAAAAUUUGAACACUAGACAUUUGCAAUAAAUCAUUUCACUAAUGAAAAAACAGCCAUUCCGUGAAUACUCUUAGCCAUAUCAGGGACUUAUUAGUUAUCAUUAAGAUUUUUUACUUCAAGGGAAGCACGCUGGUAAAUUUGUACAGAUUGUUGAACAAAAUAAUUUGUAUAUCUUUCAGUCCUGGCCCUGAGAGAAAGAAUUCAUCUAGAACGGGUCGAUCCUAAGUAUCUGUGAUGAAGAGCCUGGGAUGUAUCAUCCAAAAUUCAUUUAGUUUUACUAUAACAUCUUUCCUCAAAUAGUUCUCAAGUGAAGGAUGUUUAGUUUGUCUUGUGUUCCUAGCUUUCUCGAUUAGUCUGUUUAUUCGGUGUUUAAUGUUAUACGAUGAAUUCCCACACCAGCAGGUCAUAUUGAAAUUAAGUAGGCUUCCAAUAGUUGCACUGUAGAAUAAGUUAACGACUUGUUUGUUUACGCCGAAAUUGUACAGUUUUUUGAGGUAGAACAGUCUUUGGUUGAAUUUCUUAGACAGCAUUUGGUAGUGCUCAUGCCAUGUUAGCUUAUUAUUAAUGGUGACACCUAAGUACUUAUAUGCCUCUACUUUCUCUACACUUUGAUCUUAUAUGUUGAGAUCUGCAAUUUGGUGUUUCCCCCUCCUGAAAUCAAGAACCACUUCCUUUGUUUUUGAGACAUUCAACUGGAGAAAAUGUUCAUCGCAGCAGGUUGAUAAAGCUUGUAACUAAGUUGUGGUAUAAGCCUUCUCCUUCAGAUAUUAAGCCAACGAUGGUGGUAUCAUCAGCAAAUUUUAAGAUUGGAACAGUGUCGCUUGAGCUCUGAAUAUCAUUGAUAUAUAUUGUAUACAGUACAGGGGAGAGAACGCAGCCUUGUCUCGCCCCAGUGCUUAUUUCUCUGGUUAGAGGUAAUUUGUCAUUUACAUUGACAUAUUGUGGGUGAUUUGUUAAAAAGUUCAGUACCCAAGCUUGAAUAUUUAAAUUGACACCUAACGAGGAAAGUUUCUUUAUAUAUAUGUGUGUGUGUGUGUGUAUUAGGAUUGAAAAAAAUCUGAGGUUAUGAGAUGCACCAAUCAAAAGACCAACUGGAAAGGGUCUUAAAGAAAUAUCUUAUUUAGUUGUCAUAGUAACUGAGGAGGUCACCAUGCGCCCCUAUCUUUCCAGUCUUUGCUUUAAGUUAUAGUUAAUGUUUGCAUUAUAUAUUUUUUUCCCAGGUGAUUGACAUCCAAGAUAUGAGUCCAGAGAAUGCUAUUGAAUGGUGUCAUCUCUUACCUGAUGUCACGUUUUCACUCUUAGUUUCUGGAGGGGAUGGUACCAUUGGAUGGGUGCUUACAGCUAUAGAAAAACUAGGACUUGAGGUCAGUCCGAUGGAAUAGUUUGCAUUACGAUAGCCUAGCCGUGCGGUCAAUAAUAUUGUGGUCAAUAAUAUUGUGGUCAAGAAUAUUGUGGUCAAGAAUAUUGUGGUCAAGAAUAUUGUGGUCAAGAAUAUUGUGGUCAAUAAUAUUGUGGUCAAUAAUAUUGUGGUCAAGAAUAUUGUGGUCAAGAAUAUUGUGGUCAAGAAUAUUGUGGUCAAGAAUAUUGUGACUUGCUGAAAAUCUCUCACAAGAUGCUAGGAAGGUUCUUUUUUAAAAUGUUUUGCUCAUCAAUUUUCAUUGUCUGUUUAUAUUUGACAGAAUUCCCCCAGAGUCUGCAUUCUCCCCCUCGGUACCGGUAAUGAUCUUUCUCGAGUGCUUGGUUGGGGUGAAGGCUAUUCAGGGGAUGUUGAGGUUACGGCUAUCUUAGACAAUGUUGAAAAAGCACGACCAGUCCAGUUAGACCGAUGGACAGUAGAUAUUAAGCACGUCAAACACUUUGGAUUUUCUCGACCUUCAAAGGUAAAAAAAACUGUUUUUAUUUUGUUGGCCAAAGUUUUGUCUUGUUGUAUAAGCCAGGCCUGCACAACUCAACAUGUAAGGCGGGCCAUAGUUUUGUCUUGUUGUAUAGGCCAGGCCUGCACAACUCAACAUGUAAGGCGGGUUUUAGGGCCAGGCCUGCACAACUCAAUAUGUAAGGCGGGGCAUCUGUUGUGCAGGCCUGGAAUAUGCCAUAGGGACAAUAGUUAAAAAAAACCUUGAACAUGUUCAUUCCAUUGAGUUGAAGCAAUGAAAUGAAAAAGCUCAAAUAUUACUCCCCUAACUCCUUCAUUUCUCUUCUAUAAAAAGCGUACAUUUAUAUACACAGUUUUAUUUCCGCUCAUUUAAUUUUGUAGUAGGUUUAUCGAGGACUGCUGCAAUCAUUCUUAAAAAGCUUUUUUCUUUACUGCAUCAUUGUUUAUAGAGCUCAUAAAGCAUUUCCUUUUUUCAGACUUUUAUCAUGAACAAUUAUCUUUCUGUUGGAGUUGAUGCUCUUGUCACUUUAAAUUUCCACAAACAACGAGAGAGCUGGCCAGCUUUUUUUGCACACCGUUUUAUUAACAAGGUAACUACCUACUUGGCAAGUUUAUUUUGUGUUUUUUUGUUUUUGUUUUUAAAUAGAUGUGAACUAGUUGUGACAUCAGACUAACUUUCAAUCUGUGUUACAACAUUUAUAUAGAUGUGAACUAGUUGUGACAUCAGACUAACUUUCAAUCUGUGUUACAACAUUUAUAUAGAUGUGAACUAGUUGUGACAUCAGACUAACUUUCAAUCUGUGAUGUGAACUAGUUGUGACAUCAGACUAACUUUCAAUCUGUGUUACAACAUUUAUAUAGAUGUGAACUAGUUGUGACAUCAGACUAACUUUCAAUCUGUGUUACAACAUUUAUAUAGAUGUGAACUAGUUGCUACAUCAGACUAACUUUUAAUCUGUGAUGUGAACUAGUUGUGACAUCAGAAUAACUUUCAAUCUGUGUUACAACAUUUAAAAUGUUCGUUUAUAUUGAAAAGCCCAUGAUUAUUGCCAACUUUUGAGUUAGGAUUUCAAUGUUUCUUUUUGUUUAGGGGAAAUAAAUAUAAAGAAUCUUUUUUUGAUGUUUCGAGAUAAGCUAGUCGAUGUCAGACUGUUCAACCUCAAUUAAUGAGUCAAAUGGAAGAAUGGUCAUUAAAAUCAAUCAAGAGACAUUCAAGUCAAAGUUCAAGAGAAAUCAGUCAAGUCAAAGUUUUCAUGCUCAGUUUAUGUCUUUGUUUGACCUCCAAAAUUGUUGCAUUGUAUUUACUUGUCAAUAAAAUAAAUGGACACAUUCCAGGUUCACAUAUUUCAUAACAUUCAGUUUCAAAUGUGCUUGCUGUCUUAGAACCUCGUAUUUGAAAUUUGAAAGUAAAUGACAGUGACUGACAGUGUCCAUCAUAAACAGUGACAGGGAUUGACAGUGUCCAUUAUAAACAUUGACCGUAAGUGACAGUGACUGACAGUCUAUAACAAUGGCUGCCAAAUAGCUUUGAUUGGCAUGAAUGAAUACAUGCCACAAAUAACUCAAAGAACACACCUCACAUCAACAUCAACACCUCACAUUAUCAUCAACAACUCAAAUGAUCAUCAACACAUCACAUUAUCAACACCUCAAAUGAUCAUCAACACAUCACAUCAUCAUCAACACAUGACAUCGUCAUCAACACCUCACAUCAUCUUCAACACCUCAUAUUAUCAUCAACACAUCACAUUAUCAUCAACACCUCACAUUAUCAUCAACACCUCACAUUAUCAUCAACACACCACAUUAUCAUCAACACCUCAAAUCGUCAUCAACACAUCUUAUUAUCAUCAACACCUCUCCUUAUCAUCAACAUUUCACAUUAUCAUCAACACCUCACAUCAUCAACACCUCACAUCAUCAUCAAUACCUCACAUCAUCAUCAACACAUCACAUCAUCAUCAACACAUCACAUCAUCAUCAACACCUCACAUCAUCAUCAACACAUCAGAUCAUCAACACAUCACAUUAUCAUCAACACCUCACAUCGACAUCAACACCUCACAUCAUCAUCAACACUUCACAUUAUCAUCAACACCUCACAUCAUCAUCAACACAUCACAUCAUCAUCAACACCUCAAAUGAUCAUCAACACAUCACAUCAUCAUCAUCACCUCACAUCAUCAUCAACACAUCACAUCAUCAGCCACACAUCACAUUAUCAUCAACACAUUACAUUAUCAUCAACACAUCACAUUAUCAUUAUCAACACCUCACAUCAUCAUCAACACCUCACAUCAUCAUCAACACAUCACAUCAUCAUCAUCAACACAUCACAUUAUCAUCAUCACAUCAUCAUCAACACCUCACAUCAUCAUCAACACAUCACAUCAUCAUCAACACAUCACAUUAUCAUCAACACCUCACAUCAUCAUCAUCAACACCUCACAUCAUCAUCAUCAACACCUCACAUCAUCAUCAUCAACACAUCACGUUAUCAUCAACACCUCACAUCAUCAUCAACACAUCACAUCAUCAUCAACACCUCACAUCAUCAUCAACACAUCACAUUAUCAUCAACACAUCACAUUAUCAUCAACACAUCACAUUAUCAUCAACACAUCACAUUAUCAUCAACACAUCACAUCAUCAACACAUCACAUCAUCAUCAACACCUCACAUCAUCAUCAACACAUCACAUUAUCAUCAACACCUCACAUCAUCAUCAUCAGCACAUCACAUUAUCAUCAACACCUCACAUCAUCAUCAUCAACACCUCGCAUCAUCAUCAUCAACACCUCACAUCAUCAUCAUCAACACCUCACAUCAUCAUCAACACCUCACAUCAUCAUCAUCAACACCUCACAUCAUCAUCAACACAUCACAUCAUCAUCAACACAUCGCAUCAUCAUCAACACAUCACAUUAUCAUCAUCAACACAUCACAUCAUCAUCAACACAUCACAUCAUCAUCAUCAUCAACACCUCACAUCAUCAUCAACAAAUCAAAUUAUCAUCAACUACUCAUAUCAUCAUUAACACAUCAAAUUAACAUCAACACCUCACAUCAUCAUCAACAAAUCAAAUUAUCAUCAACUACUCACAUCAUCAUUAACACAUCACAUUAUCAUCAACACCUCACAUCAUCAUCAACACAUCACAUCAUCAACACAUCACAUUAUCAUCAACACAUCACAUUAUCAUCAACACAUCACAUUAUCAUCAACACAUCACAUUAUCAUCAACAUCUCAAAUUAACAUCAAUGCUAUAAAGGAUUAGCCUAUUAAUAAAGGAGACACAAGGAUUGUUUUGUGGGACUUAGAUGUAAUGUCAUGAGAAUAUAACUAUCGAAUGUUUUAAUAGACAUAAUGUUAUGAGAAUAUAACUAUCGAAUGAUUUAAUAGACGUAAUGUUUUGAGAAUAUAACUAUUGAAUGUUUAAAUUGACAUACUUGUAAUACAGGGGAAAGUAAAAUGACCAUCGGUGAGGCACAUAUAAAGCCACCAUCGGUGAGGCACAUAUAAAGCCACCAUGUAAUGACGAGCUCUAAAGUAGCAUUCAAUGAAAACCUAUAAUGACUCUACUAUGAUUGACAUGUUGUCAACUUGAUAGACACAAAGUCUAACUAAAGGGUAUGUUCUAAAAUGACUUGAAUAUUUUCAGGGCUGGGCUUUAAACAAGUCAUUUUUUUUUUUUUUGCUUAUUCUUUCAAACAUAGUUACUAAAAACUAACUAACUUUAAGAAUUUCUAAAACUAACAUUAUAUUUCUUCAUAAUCUACUUUGAUUACUCUAGUAAUGUUUUGAUUUGCAGUCUAGCCACGGAUAAAGAACCUUAGUCCGAUUCCUCCACCGUCUUAAAUUUUUAUCUUUGCUAUUGAAAUAAAUGUAAAUUCCAUGAAUCUGUUCCAGUCUUAGAGAUAUGGUGUGGCUACAUUAUUACAAGUUCAUUCCCUUUUUGUUACUUAAGACUGUACAGAUAGGAUUGUACAGGUAGGAAGGUAAGGAAAGGAUUGUACAGACAGGAUUGUACAGAUAGGAUUGUACAGAUGGGAUUGUACAGAUAGGAUUGAACAGAUAGGAUUGUACAGAUUUCUUUGUUAAACUGGGUAUAGUUAUCUGAGUUUCCACUGUAUUUAUUAAGCAAUUAUAAAGCAAAGAAAUUAUUAUUAUCUAAAAGCAUUUUAGCAUCGACCCUUUAAAUUGGCGUAAUUUUUUAUGGUAGUUAUCAAGAUGAUUAGAUAAUAACCAUAUAUUAUAUGUAUGAUGAAUUAUAUAAAUCUCAUCUUUGGGAGAAAUCUAAAAACAUAACAUGCCUUAAUGCUUUGUUUACUACUGCCACUUGGCCUAACAUAACAUGCCUUAAUGCUUUGUUUACUACUGCCACUUGGCCUAACAUAACAUGCCUUAAUGCUUUGUUUACUACUGCCACUUGGCCUAACAUAACAUGCCUUAAUGCUUUGUUUACUACUGCCACUUGGCCUAACAUAACAUGCCUUAAUGCUUUGUUUACUACUGCCACUUGGCCUAACAUAACAUGCCUUAAUGCUUUGUUUACUACUGCCACUUGGCCUAACAUAACAUGCCUUAAUGCUUUGUUUACUACUGCCACUUGGCCUAACAUAACAUGCCUUAAUGCUUUGUUUACUACUGCCACUUGGCCUAACAUAACAUGCCUUAAUGCUUUGUUUACUACUGACACUUGGCCGUAUCCAUUUUUACACUUUGGACAUAACUUUUUGCAACUAUUUUAACAAAGUCGUUACAUUAUUGGGUUCAAUUUAAAAAAAAAAAAUGUUUGAUCAGAAUUCCAUAGUUGAUUCGGUCCACCAACAAAUCCAAUGAGUGGAACACUGGUUUCUUUCAGUUUUGUUAUUUUACAUAUGGAACCAAGGACGUUUUGGAGAGGGAAUGCAAGGAUCUUCACAAGAAGUUAAAGGUAGCAAUGUGUAGUCUUGUGUUUAAACUAAGGUAGCAUUGUGUAGUCUUGUGUUUAAACCAAGGUAGUUAUGUGUAGUCUUGUGUUUAAACAAAGGUAUCAAUGUGUAGUCUUGUGUUUCAACUAAGGUAGCAAUGUGUAGUCUUGUGUUUAAACAAAGGCAGCAAUGUGUAGUCUUGUGUUUAAACUAAGGUUAGCAAUGUGUAGUCUUGUGUUUAAACAAAGGUAGCAAUUUGUAGUUUUGUGUUUAAACUAAGGUAGCAAUGUAUUUUCUUGUGUUUAAACUAAGGUAGCAAUGUGUAGUAUUGUGUUUAAACAAAGGUAGCAAUGUGUAGUCUUGUGUUUAAACUAAGGUAGAAAUGUGUAGUCUUGUGUUAAAAGUAAUGUAGCAAUGUGUAGUCAUGUGUUUAAAUAAAGGUAGCAAUGUGUAGUCUUGUGUUUAAACUGAGGUAGCAAUGUGUAGUCUUGUGUUUAAACUAAGGUAGCAAUGUCUAGUCUUGUGUUUAAACUAAGAUAGUAAUGUGUAGUCUUGUGUUUAAACUAAGGUAGCAAUAUAAAUGUGAAGUUGACCAAUGCUAUAGUGGACAGUAACGUGUAGGUGACCAAUGUUAUAGUGGACAGUAAAUAAGCAGGUGGAUUGUCAAUCCUAUCUAUGUUUGGAAAGCUUGCCUGCACGUAGGACACAGCAUUGUUAUGGGUUCCUGGUGAAUUUGUAGGACACAACAUGUUUUGGGUUCCUGGUGGGUUUGUAGGACACAACAUGUUUUAGGUUCCUGGUGGGUUUGUAGGACACAACAUGUUUUGGGUUCCUGGUGGGUUUGUAGGACACAACGUGUUGUGAGUUCUUGGUGGAGUUGUGCGAUCCAAAGCUAGUGUUCCCAUCAGUUCAUGUCAAUGUCCUUUUAUUCUCCCCACACACCAGCUGAGCGUUAUGAUGUGGAAAGCCAGAGUAAAUUCCAACCCAAGUUAAUUCAGACUGAGUCAGCAGACAGCAGCCAACUUGGCUACAGAUUCUUCAAAAUGGUUGUGUCUGUCAACAUACUAGCAGUGUAUGCCAACAUACUAGUAGUGUAUGCCAACAUAUUAGCUGUGUAUGCCAACAUACUAGCUGUGUAUGCCAACAUAUUGGCUGUGUAUGCCCACAUACUAGCAGUGUAUGCCAACAUACUAGCUGUGUAUGCACACAUACUAGCAGUGUAUGCCAACAUAUUAGCUGUGUAUGCCAACAUACUAGCAGUGUAUGCCAACAUACUAGCAGUGUAUGUCAACAUACUAGCAGUGUAUGCCAACAAAUUAGCUGUGUAUGCCAACAAAUUAGCUGUGUAUGCCAACAUACUGGCAGUGUAUGCUUUCAGUGUAUGCUGGCAGUGUAACCUGUUAAACCAGAUUAAUAUCUGCCAAACAAUAUUUAAAAAUUAUUUUGUCAUGCCCAGCACCAGUUUCCACUACAAUAGACAUAUCAAUAAUGUAUGGCCAGCACCAGUUUCCACUACAAUAGACAUAUCAAUAAUGUAUGGCUAGCACCAGUUUCCACUACAAUAGACAUAUCAAUAAUGUAUGGCUAGCACCAGUUUCCACUACAAUAGACAUAUCAAUAAUGUAUGGCUAGCACCAGUUUCCACUACAAUAGACAUAUAAAUAAUGUAUGGCUAGCACCAGUUUCCACUACAAUAGACAUAUCAAUAAUAUAUGGCUAGCACCAAUUUCCACUACAAUAGACAUAUCAAUAAUAUAUGGCUAGCACCAGUUUCCACUACAAUAGACAUAUCAAUAAUGUAUGGCUAGCACCAGUUUCCACUGCAAUAGACAUAUCAAUAAAGUAUGGCUAGCACCAGUUUCCACUACAAUAGACAUAUCAAUAAUGUAUGGCUUGCACCAGUUUCCACUACAAUAGACAUAUCAAUAAUGUAUGGCUAGCACCAGUUUCCACUACAAUAGAAUAUCAAUAAUGUAUGGCUAGCACCAGUUUCCACUACAAUAGACAUAUCAAUAAUGUAUGGCUAGCACCAGUUUCCACUACAAUAGACAUAUCAAUAAUAUAUGGCUAGCACCAGUUUCCACUACAAUAGACAUAUCAAUAAUGUAUGGCUAGCACCAGUUUCCACUACAAUAGACAUAUCAAUAAUGUAUGGCUAGCACCAGUUUCCACUACAAUAGACAUAUCAAUAAUGUAUGGCUAGCACCAGUUUCCACUACAAUAGACAUAUCAAUAAUGUAUGGCUAGGACCAGUUUCCACUACAAUAGACAUAUCAAUAAUGUAUGGCUAGCACCAGUUUCCACUACAAUAGACAUAUCAAUAAUGUAUGGCUAGCACCAGUUUCCACUACAAUAGACAUAUCAAUAAUGUAUGGCUAGCACCAGUUUCCACUACAAUAGACAUAUCAAUAAUGUAUGGCUAGCACCAGUUUCCACUACAAUAGACAUAUCAAUAAUGUAUGGCUAGCACAAGUUUCCACUACAAUAGACGUAUCAAUAAUAUAUGGCAAGCACCAGUUUCCACUACAAUAGACAUAUCAAUAAUGUAUGGCAAGCACCAGUUUCCACUACAAUAGACAUAUCAAUGAUGUAUGGCUAGCACCAGUUUCCACUACAAUAGACAUAUCAAUAAUGUAUGGCUAGCACCAGUUUCCACUACAAUAGACAUAUCAAUAAUGUAUGACUAGCACCAGUUUCCACUACAAUAGACAUAUCAAUAAUGUAUGGCUAGCACCAGUUUCAACUACAAUAGACAUAUCAAUAAUGUAUGGCUAGCACCAGUUUCCACUACAAUAGACAUAUCAAUAAUGUAUGGUGAAUGUAUUGCGAAUCAAAACUAUGAGAAUCAAAGCUGCGUGAAUCGAGGCUGUGAGAAUCAAAUCUUUGUUAAUCAAAACUUUGUAAAUAAAAGCUAUGUAAAUCAAAGCUGUGUGAAUUAAAGCUAUGCAAAUCAAAGCUGUGCGAAUCUAAGGAUCCAUUACUUUGGCUUUACUCGAACCUUGAAUAGACAUGUGUUUAGAUUUGUGUACCUAAAUGUGUUUCAGUAUUGCUAUAUAACUUGUGUUUAUGAGACCCAUUGAUUUAUUGAGUGCCCCAGAUGUUUAUGUGUGUCAGUACUGUUAUAUAACUUGUGUUUAUGAGACCCAUUGACUUACUUAGUGCCCCAGAUGUUUAUGUGUGUCAGUACUGUUAUAUAACUUGUGUUUAUGAGACCCAUUGACUUACUGAGUGUCCCAGAUGUUUAUGUGAGUCAGUACUGUUAUAUAAUUUGUGUUUAUGAGACCCAUUGACUUACUGAGUGUCCCAGAUGUUUAUGUGAGUCAGUACUGUUAUAUAAUUUGUGUUUAUGAGACCCAUCGACUUACUGAGUGGCCCAGAUGUUUAUGAAUAAGUCCAAUUAAUUUGAAAAUAGCUUACUUCUUCAUUCUCAGCUGGAAUUAGAUAACAAAGAAGUCAUCCUACCAGAACUUGAAGGAAUUGUGGUUCUGAAUAUAUCAUCAUGGGGAGGUGGCUGUCAACCUUGGGGUAAUAGUCAAGAGUCAGGCAUGAGCCAACCAAGGUGAGUACAUAUUUAUGGCUGUCAACCUUGGGGUAAUAGUCAAGAGUCAGGCAUGAGCCAACCAAGGUGAGUACAUAUUUGGGGCUGUCAACCUUGGGGUAAUAGUCAAGAGUCAGGCAUGAGCCAACCAAGGUGAGUACAUAUUUGGGGCUGUCAACCUUGGGGUUAUAGUCAAGAGUCAGGCAUGAGCCAACCAAGGUGAGUACAUAUUUGGGGCUGUCAACCUUGGGGUUAUAGUCAAGAGUCAGGCAUGAGCCAACCAAGGUGAGUACAUAUUUGGGGUUGUCAGCCUUGGGGUAAUAGUAAAGAUCAAGGGUCUCGAACUGAAAUCAUCCGGGGGCCGCAGGAGGUGGAGUCUGAGUGAACUGGGCCGCAUCAAGUAUUCCACAAAGAAGCGAUUAAAAAUUCAAUAAAGUACAAAUGUGCUCAACCUAUAUUAAUAACAAAUAAAAACAUUAACACUGACAAGCUAUCCCUGGUCUUGUAACUUCUUGUUGAGUACAUUCAGCUCCUGUGUAAUGUCAACAAGAAAAGCCAAGUGCAUGAGCCGUUUGGGAUCAUUUAGUACAGGAACAACGACACCAUCCUUCUCCAUGAAGACUUUGAAGGCUAAAACGUGUCAAACAGUAGGCAGGGGCAGGCAAUAUUUAUAAAUUGUUGAUGCAAAGGAAGAUGCUAUUGUAGGGAGAUAGAAUUUUGAUUUUUUUUUUAUCGUAAAAAGGCCUUUUUGACUAACCCUUUUUUGAAAGUGACCAAGCUGACAGACUCGGAAUUUCCCACACGCGUAAUCACUAGCGGCAAUUUCAAAUAAAUAUUCUUUGAUACGGUGUCAGAUUGCUUCGAUUUACACAAUUAUUGUUGUGCAUUACCCAAUGACUGACUUUUUAAACUUUUCUCAAAACUGCACUUUGGCCGCCAUGUUUUUCUCAUAAAAUGCUAUAAAAUAAAAACUUUUAGUCCAAUUUUGAAAUGUUUUUCACCAUUGGAAUCAAUGUCCAAACCUGUACAUACAUGAGACGAGUUGGUGAGAUUCGACUGAAACCUUCGCGGCGGGUCACGUUAUAGAUAGGAGAAUGGGGAAAACCCACGGGCCCCUUUAAUACUAAACUUUUCUGUCAUGUAGCGGGCCGUAAAAUAUCCUCUUGCGAUGGCCCGUGGUCCCCGAGUUUGAGACCACUGGUCAAGAGUCAGGCAUGAGCCAACCAAUGUGAGUACAUAUGGCGAGGUGGUUGUCAGCCUCUAUGGCCCUAUCCCAAUGAGACACUACACAAGCUGCCUCUAUGGCCCUGUCCCAAAUGUGAUAGUACACAAACUGACUCUAUGGCCCUAUCCCAAUGAGAUAAUACACAAACUGACUCUAUUGCCCUAAUGGAGUCGGUUAAGCACUGGAUGACCAUAAACAAGCUCAAAUUAAAUGAUGAUAAGACUGAGCUGCUCCCCAUCGCGACCGCUCAGAAGCAAAAAUCUGCAAAUAACACUACAUCCAUUACUCUCUCAGGUGUGCGUAUUGAGUUAGCUCAAACAGUGCGGUACCUGGGUGUCUACCUAGAUGGAAGACUAACUUUUGAAAGUCAUAUUAACAUGCUAUGCAAGGCGAUUUUUCUAGAGCUGCGCAGGAUUAGUCACAUCAGGCCCUUCCUAACAAUUGAUGCAACAAAGAGGCUGAUGUCUGCAUUUGUGCUAUCACGCAUGGACUAUUGCAAUGCUCUCAUGGUGGGUCUUCCAGCUACGCUCCUGGAUAAAAUUCAAAUAGCACAGAAUAAUGCGGCUCGCAUAGUUCUCCGCAAACGCAAAUUCGACCAUGCAAAAACACUUCUGAGAGAGUUGCAUUGGCUGCCGGUGCGUGCUCGCAUAGAGUACAAAAUCGCAACUUUGUGCUACCGCUGCUUACAUGACCUGGCGCCGUCCUAUCUGAAAGAGCUGCUGACGCCUUAUGUACCCAGUAGAGAGCUCCGCUCAUCCGAUAGUGGCAAACUCUCGACACCACGUGUUUGCCUUGAGACUUACGGAAAGCGCACUUUCGCAUUUGCUGGUCCAACAAUUUGGAACGCCCUUCCUGUCGAUCUUAGAAGCAACCAGACACUGGAGUCCUUUAAAACCGAUCUAAAGACAUAUCUAUUUCGCAAAUACCUUCUGGGAUGAUUGUCUACCUUCUUUUCCAUGUGUUGCUGUGUUGCUCCGGGUUGAAAUGGCUAGAAAGACUUUGAUAUUGUAUGCUUGUAAUUAGUUUUCGUAGUGUUGCGUUUGUUUUAAAUGUGGUGAAUUAUAGAUAUUUUUUGUUGACUUUGUACCGCGCUUCGAGCCUUUGGGGAUGAAGCGUGUUUUUGAAAUGAACUUUAUUAUUAUUAUUAUUAUUAUCCCAAAUGUGAAGUACACAAACUGACUCUAUGGCCCUAUCCCAAUGAGAUAGUACACAAACUGACUCUAUGGCCCUAUCCCAAAUGAGAUAGUACACAAACUGACUCUAUUGCCCUAUCCCAAAUGUGAAGUACACAAACUGACUCUAUUGCCCUAUCCCAAAUGUGAUAGUACACAAACUGACUCUAUGGCCCUAUCCCAAUGAGAGGCUACACAAACUAAAUCUCAACACAACCCUCGUAUCUCAUCUGUUUGACAGGUAUGAUGAUGGCAAGUUGGAGGUCAUGGGACUUUUCUCAUCCUUCCACAUUGCUCAGUUGCAGAUCGGCCUGGCCACACCCCUGAGACUUGGACAGGCCAGAAAAGUGACCGUAAGUGUUAGUCGUAUCUGAAAAGUGACAGUGAGUGUUAGUCGUAUCUGAAAAGUGACCAUAAGUGUUAGUCGUAUCAGAAAAGUGACCGUAAUUGUUAGUCGUAUCAGAAAAGUGACCAUAAUGGUAGUCGUAUCAGAAAAGUGACCGUAAGUGUUAGUCGUAUCAGAAAAGUGACCAUAAGUGUUAGUCAUAUCAGAAAAGUGACCGUAAGUGUUAGUCAUAUCAGAAUAGUGACCAUAAGUGUUAGUCGUAUCAGAAAAGUGACCAAAAGUGUUAGUCGUAUCAGAAAAGUGACCGUAAGUGUUAGUCGUAUCUGAAAUAGAUACUUAAUCAUCACACCACAUGAAUCAAAUGUAAUUGAAAGAGUUUGCCCUACCAUCACACCACAUGAAUCAUAAAGAAUUGAAAGAGUUUGCCCUACCAUCACACCACAUGAAUAAUAUAGAAUUGAAAGAGUGCUGGGUGGCCGAGCGGUCUAAACUGUCUCAAACCAAAUAGCUGGUGGUCUGGAGUUCCAUCCCCACCAAAGCCAACAUCCCAAGCAUCCUGGGUGGAUGGGACUUGUUAGCCUUGGACGGCAACCCAUCUAAGAGAAGGCAAACUCUGAAUUAAACCAGGAGCCAGAAUGAUCAACAAAUUGAUCGUGGGCCCCUCAAAUAUAAGAAGAAGAAGAGUUUGCCCUACCAUCAAAACACAUGAAUAAAAUAGAGUUUGCCCUCAAUGACCCCUACUUGCACCCCAAGACCACCUACUUGCCCCCAGUGACCCCUACUUGCCUCCAGUGACCCCUACUUGCCCCCAGUGACCCCUACUUGCCCCCAGUGACCCCUACUUGCCCCCAAAGACCCCUACUUGCCCCCUAUGACCCUUACUUUCCUUCAUGUCUGUCACCAGAUAAGUCUUCAUGGUGGAAAUGCUCCAAUGCAAGUUGAUGGAGAGCCCUGGGAGCAACACCCUGCAAUGAUAACCAUCAGCCACAGACGGAAGGCCGCCAUGAUGUCACUCUCUCCGGCAUGA